CUUCACCACUGCCAAUCCCCUAUUCUUUCCCUAAGUUCGAUCAAUACAACGCUAUGGACGCCGGUGGUAAGGCAAAGAAGGGCGCUGGUGGUCGCAAGGGCGGCGGCCCGAAGAAGAAGCCCGUUUCCCGGUCGGUCAAAGCCGGCCUCCAGUUCCCCGUCGGCCGUAUCGGCCGCUUCCUGAAGAAAGGCCGUUACUCUCAGCGCGUUGGUACCGGUGCUCCCGUUUACCUAGCUGCCGUGCUCGAAUACCUCGCCGCCGAGGUUUUGGAGUUGGCUGGAAACGCUGCAAGGGACAAUAAGAAGAACCGUAUUAUACCAAGACACGUUCUUCUUGCGGUAAGGAACGAUGAAGAGCUUGGCAAACUUCUUGCUGGUGUGACAAUCGCCCAUGGAGGGGUGUUACCUAACAUCAACCCUGUGUUGCUUCCGAAGAAAUCUGCUGCAGCUAAAGAAGCAAAAGAGCCGAAGUCGCCCACUAAGAAGAAAGCUGCGAAGAAGGAUUAGGUUGGAAAUUUGUUAUUUUCCGUCGAUCUGUAUUUAAUUCAGUGUUUUAUCCUUGUUUCCUGGAAGAAGACAGUAGUGUAAGGUGUUUUAAAAAUCUAUUUUUGGUAAUGGAAAAAAAAUGUUCGUUGCGCUUGAUCUGA